GAUGGCUAAUUGAAAUAAAUCUGGAUAUUUAAAAGCAGUUCUCGUGGCAUUGUAAACCUGAAUUCACGGAUUGUGAAUAAUGAAGGCAUCUGAGAUUAUGUGGGGCGCUUUUAACGGGGCAUCCGAGACUAACGGGACGCGCGCGGAGAAAGUUCAGCACGUGCUCCAGCCUUUCUCGUCCACCGUUGCUCUUCUGGUGCUGGGGUUGGUCAUUAUAGGGAUUAUAUUAAUCUCACUGACCACCUACCACAUUCACAAAAGCAAGAUGAAGAAGAGGAAGAUGCUAAGGGCACAGGAGGAAUUUGAGCGGGAUAACUGUGGCUCCUCUGUCCCGCUCAGGCAAAAGCACUCACUGAGCCGCUGCGUGAUCGCUCGCCCCGCUCCACCGCAACAUCCGCCGACAAACACUGACGCGAAACAGCGCGAGGGUGUCGUGUUUGAAGGACUUGCUGGAUCCUCAUAACGGGCCGAAUGA